UCGUUCUUUGAUGGCAACAUGAGUUUAUGGAAAGUCGAUCUGUCGCUUUCCCUCACCAUGUUGACCUUCCUUAUAGCUUAGUGACAACAUCAUCGUGAAUUAUUUUCUUUGUAUAUAUUAAGGAAGUAUACAAUUAACAAAAUAUCAACAGGUGAAGACGAUUAAUUCAGCCAAGAAUCGGCGACGAGUUCAAGUCAGGAGCAACACAACAACAACACAAGAACACAACGUUAAACAGAUCGCAGCAAAAAAAUCCGCUUGGUUAUUGUUUGUUGGGGUGUUUCUAGAGCCCCAUUAAAGUUCGCCCAUAGAAGGUUGUGUGUGCAGAGCCUCACCAUGCCGUCUUUGCAGAAUGUCGGAGAUUUAAGCUUAUUGUUUUGAACCAUAUUUUCGUUAUUUUAGUUUUUCUACUUGACUCGAUAAAAACAUAAUCGAUCAAUUACGUUAAAUAACUAUAACAAGGAGUGUAAUUUGUUAAUUAAUCAAGAGUAAUACCGACCGAAACCGGCGUGUUUUUCCGCUUGGUUUUUGGUACACUCGAAGCCAAUAUGGCGGCUAAGGUAGAAACCAAUCAUUCCGAAAACGGACUGAGUUAUGAAGAAGUCAAUCAAAAGGAUAACAGCACUUACGCUCAAGCCGUUGCUAAUAGUAAAUUGCGAAGUAUCUCGGAAGGACAGAGUAGCCAGGAAUCAUCCGAUAAUAGAAAUGAUCCAUUGGAUUAUGCAUUGGCUAACCAUACGGAGACUAGUGUAGAAUCGGAAGAGGAGAAGAAUAAAAAAGAAUAUAUUGAUGCACCCCCACCUAAAGUCAACCCCUGGACUGUUAAUAAAAAUGCAGCUCUUGUAAUUAGUGGUAAGGCUAAUCACCAGAAAGGAUGCAAAGAACAGCAUGAAGGUAAGCGAAACGAAACUUCACGUGUUCUGUAAAUAUGUACAUUUCAUCUAUAUUCAGGCAU